GAGCGCAUUAAGAAUUAUUAAUACUGGAAUAACAAAGCACAAGAAAUAUUUUAAAUAAAUAAAUUAUUAAAUAAAUAAAAGUGAAUAAAUAAAUAAUAAAUAUUCAUAUUAUGUACUUAAAUAUAACAAAAAUCUUUUAAGCUUCAUUCAAACUAAAAUAGUGUAUUUGUACAUACUACCGAUUAACAAAAUUAAUAAUAAAAAUAAGAAGAAAUCUAAAUGUGCGAGCAUAAAGAAAUGUGAAAAAUAAAAUUGCGGCAUGAGUGUUUUUGUUGAGGUACCACAGCGUAUAUAGGUGAAAAUUAAAACGUGGAGCUGAAAAAAAAUAAAAGUUUAUUAAAUAUAAUUGCAAAGUGAUUAAAAGAAAAGAAAACAAAAUAUUAAUAUUUUUAUUAAAAGUUUAUAUUUAAAACCCUCAAAUUUAGGGGAAAAUGUUGGCCUAAAAAGUUUACUCUACCGCUUGCUUACAACUGAUCAUAAUGUGAAUUUAAAACAAAUUGGAUGUCUACAAUUUUAUUGUUUUUUGUUUGUGUUAAAAAGACACACAUGCCAUACUUUACACACUUGCAUCUACAUGUACGUGUGUAUAAUCUAAAGGAUCAACGUCAAGAAGUAGCAAAAUACCCAACAUUUUUCUUCUCGGAAUAAAGUGACAUAUAAAAGCCAUGUCAUUACCGAAACUCUCAAAUUACAUUUACUAUUUGUUAGUAAAUUACUAAACGCAAAGAAAAACCAACAACAAAAAUGCAUUUUCCUAAAAAUUUUAUAAAUUUCAACAAAAAUAAUUUAAUUCGAAAACGAACUAUAAUUUUCAACUCACUUACAACGUUAACAAUUUAACUUAAAAACCAUUUAGAAUAUUUAAAAAACAAAAUAAAUUUAAAUUACAUUUAAUAAAUAAAACUUUUUGAUACGCAUAUUUCUCGUUAAAUAAAAAAUACUAAACAAAUUUGUGUGUGUGUUUUUCCGGCAUUUAUGUUCCUGUUUGUGAUUUAAGUAGCUGAAUUUUUAUCUCUUUUUUGGAUAAUUUACACCUAAAUAAAAAAUAAAUAGGAAAAAAAUAUUAAAUAUUAAAUCAAGCAACAACAGAAAUUUAAAGUAAGCACGAAAUCCUUGGCAUCAACUCGUUGUGGUUUAGUUGUUUUAAAAGUAAAUUGUAAAAUUGUAGCUGGGAUAUGAAGGAAAACUGCAAAAUGUCAGAGUCGCGUCGACAAUCAGUCAGCUUUACCGCCAUGCCACCUGGUGUUUUGGCCAAUGACAGUCGUAACAAUUCCACCGAUGACAUACAAAUCGCUUUAGCUCCUCACAUACAAACCUAUUUAAGUCAAACCGGACGUCGUCAUUCCUGCUGCAGCGUCAUGUUACCCGUAGCCUUUGAACGUGCUGCCUCCAAUUCAUGGCUAGAUCCUAAAUUCGAUUCGGCUGUAUUGGAGGGCCAAUAUCAGACCAGUGUAUUUUCGCACGUACGAAUGAGAUACAGAUUUACUCUCUCGUACAUACUCCUCUGCUCGUUUGCCUGGUUUCUUUACUUUCUGGUGGAUGGCGGUUCUGAAGAUUUUUGGCGUCCCAUAUCAAGUUCCUUUUCUCUACUAUCGCUUACAACAAUCGUGGCCAUAUGCUUCACACACUGGGACAUUUAUCGAGCCAAUCACAUAGCCACAUCCGCAAUAACAGCUGCAAUAUUAUGCGCCACAUCAUUGAUAUUCCUAACAUACACUGGACGAGCUUUUAGCCCACUGGGUCAUUUUGCCAUUUGUUUGGAAAUUGUGCUGCUUAUAUACACCGCCCUACCAAUGACCCUGUGGUUGAGUGCGGCCAUAGCAAUUUCCUAUACCAUACUCUUUGAGGUGGUUACACAUAUGGUGGUGGCUGGAAAUGCUGUUCAUGGAGCCACUGCAGACUUUAGUUAUAAAAUUCUAUUCUUAAGGAUACUGUGUCAUUUUUGCGUGCAUUUGGUGGGUCUGCAUGUGCUGAUUAUGAAUUUGGUACGAAUGCGUGGUACUUUUAUGAAAGUGGGACAAAACUUACUAGUCAGAAGACAGCUGGAGUUGGAGAAACAAUUAAAGGAGAAAAUGAUUCACUCGGUAAUGCCGCCUAAAGUAGCGGAUAUGUUGUUGAAUGAAGGUGGUAUUGAGGGUAAUAAUGAUGGUUCCGUAAAGCCAGAGUCGCAUUAUAUGCGGCCGCGUCCCUCGAAUGAUGUCAAGUCUUUAUUUCGUCCCUUUCACAUGCACAGUAUGGAAAAUGUUAGUAUAUUAUUUGCCGAUAUUGUGGGCUUUACACGAAUGUCUUCAACGAAAACAGCCGAACAGUUGGUGGAAAUUUUGAAUGAUCUUUUCGAACGAUUCGAUGAUUUGUGUACGUUAAAUGGUUGCGAGAAAAUCUCUACACUGGGUGAUUGCUAUUACUGUGUGUCGGGCUGCCCGGAACCAAGACCCGAUCAUGCAAUUUGUUGUGUGGAAAUGGGUUUGGGUAUGAUUGAUGCCAUGCGUUGUUUUGAUGCUCAACGUCAUGAAGGUGUUAAAAUGCGUGUUGGUGUUCAUACUGGCACAGUUCUGUGCGGUAUUGUGGGCACGAGAAGGGUUAAGUUUGAUGUUUGGAGUAAUGAUGUCACCUUGGCGAACAAAAUGGAAUCCUCUGGUAAACCAGAGCAAGUUCAUAUAUCCGAAGUAACGGCAAGUUUUUUGGGCGAAGCUUAUUAUUUAGAUGAAGGAGAAGAAGUUUUUGGACACCGCACAUAUUUCGUUGUGGGCCGUCGGAAAGACAUCUCCCGCGCCAAUAGUUUAAGUCCCAGCGUAAAGGCCAACUCAUCGAGCAGUCAUUUACAGCUGCCUGGUAUACCGGGACAACCCAUCUCGUUAACGCAAAGUGCUACCAACAUCUCGGUCAUUCAUCCCAAUGUUCCGCCUGCUUCACCCGUGGGACAACUAUCGUCAUCGUUAAAUCCCUCGCCUGUUCUCUCAAUACGACCAAGACUGACUUCAUUGAGCAUGAAAUUGCGUAAAAAAUCACAAUCUCGGGAAAUGGAUAUAGAGCGUGGCAUAAUGCAUCCGGCAGCGGCCGGUAUACCUCCGGUUAUAGUAUGCCGUGAAAGACCAAAGAUUAUAAUAACAACGAAAAGUUUGCCCGGCAGUCUAGAUUCGGAAAAUGAGCCCGAACAGCCAGCAACCAAUGAAAACCAAGAUGCCAACAAAAAUGACAAAUCUACGCACGCAAUAGCGAACGGUAGACCAAAGAUACGUUUAAAGGUAUGGAAAGUUCCCAGAUUUCUAAAGAAACUGGAAGACAUUGGUAAGACAACUGAAAAGUCGACAAACACCGAAGUCAGCAUAAGUUUAAUGCAUCCAGUACCAAAGACUCCAACUGGAAACGAGGAAGCUGUAGCUUUUAUAGAGCCCAAUGGUUAUCAACCACUACAACCCAUGGUAGUGGAACACAAUAAACCAAAUUCGAAUAUGCUAGAAAUACCACAUAAACCCAUGCUUCAUCAUGUGGCCACCUCGACAGGCAUAAGUUCUAGUGUUAAUCGUUCCCCGGAUGCCAGCUGUUGUUCUCCCGGCCAAUACUCCAUGUUUGACGACAUCAUCGAUAUUAGAUCGUACAUAAGUCAGUCUCGUAGUGAUAUCUCUCCAUUUGGUAGAUCUGGAAGCUAUCGGUCACAGUGUGGCAGAAGUGGACAAUCGGAAUCAUCACCGUUGCCUAGACCCAGAGCUUCCACCUUGACGGCAGCCAAAGCGGAGGGAGUAAAUAACAACAAUGCCGCACAACCACUAAUUGUACCUGGUGCAGCUACUGCACAUCAACCUACACACUCACGCAACUCUAGCAUAUGGCCGGAUGGUUUAAGUAUAUGCCCUUCGGCCACUUCCCGCAAAGAUUCUGGCAUCAAAAGUAAUUCUCGCAGAUCUUCGAUACAACAGCAAAUCUAUGCCCUCAAUCAGACCGCCAUAAGUACACAUCGUGUUUCCGGCUAUUUUACCAGUUCAACUUCCAGCAUCUCUAACAUCGGAGAUGUCCAAAAUAUACCCAAUGUGCCACUACCGGCAGCAAUGAUGCCACCACCUCCGCCUCAAGACUUUGUAACGGGUCAAGUAGCUGAUCCUCUGGCCGCUUGUUUACAACAACUGCGCAAACAAUCAGAUCUCCAGCUGAUACGCUGUGUACGUGAUAAUGCCAAAUCCCAAAGGAGUUAUCUAGUCAAACCUCCUCUUAGGAGAUUUAGUUUAUACUUCAAAUCCCGCCAAAUGGAAAGAGACUUUCGCUCGAAAGCCCACAGAUUUGGCAAUGAAAGCGAAACGGAAGGUCCUCCCACAUUAGCCACUCCCAGAUACAAUACCUACAUAGAUAUUUUCGUCGGUUUGGCGGUUUAUUUGUGUAUUUCUGUGUCGCUGUUUCUGAUGACACCCAACACGGUUACUCCCAGUUUUCGUCUUUGGGUGUCCCUCUUCACCUGUUUUACCGCCAUACAAAUAUUUGCUUUGUUCUUAUUUACCCGCCAAAUGUGUCGUAGACAUUCCUCACAAACAAGAACGAAAGUGGCCAAUACGGAAUCCUGUGCCGAUCGCAUAUUUGAGGCCAUCUCCAGUUGGUAUCCUUGGCACAUAUGUCUGGCAGUAUUAAUGGCCAUGCCGGUCAUACUAAUCAUAGCGAAUUUUCUUUUAUUGGAUCUCAAUGAACUGGAAGCAUUCGAAUAUCAUUAUGGUUUCCUGAUAUUUGUUUGUAUAGUACAUUUCUGUAAUUUCACCCAAUUGAAUUGUUGGAUGCGUAAUAUUUUAGCAUUUUUGGCUGCUCUUUGUUUUGUGGGCAUAGCCGUUUCCCAGCUAGUGGUCUACUCAAAUCGUACUGAUGCCACCGAGGCCACAUCCAUACUCAAUGCCACCCGUUUGCCCAGUCUCAGCCGAGAUGUGACCAAAUACAUCAUCGAAGAAAUUAAAUGGUUUCAAGAUUAUCAUGUCGAAAUCUAUUUGGACUUGUUCCUCAUUCUAGUCUUAGUAUGGUUUCUAAAUAGAGAAUUUGAAAUUGGCUACCGCCUAACAUUCUAUGGUAAUGCUGUUGCCAAUCAGGACAAAAUCCGAGUACAAAAUAUGAAAAAUCAAGCCGACAUGUUGCUGCACAAUAUUAUACCCAAACAUGUGGCUGAACAUUUGAAAAAUACCGCCAAAUAUUCUGAAAAUCAUCAUAAUGUUGGUAUUAUUUUUGCCUCCAUUGUUAACUUUAACGAAAUGUAUGACGAGAGCUAUCUGGGAGGCAAAGAAUAUCUGCGUGUCCUGAACGAAUUAAUUGGAGAUUUCGAUGAAUUGUUAUCGCGAGGAGAAUUCAAAUGUGUGGAGAAAAUUAAAACAAUUGGUUCCACGUUUAUGGCAGCUAGUGGUUUGGAUCCCAAUCAUCGCGGCGACGGCAAUGAACACCUUUAUGCCUUAAUGGAGUUUUCCAUUGCCAUGCAGGGUGUAGUGGAUGCGUUUAACAAAGAUCUACUAGAAUUUAAUUUGAUACUACGAAUUGGUUUCAAUGUGGGCGAUGUUACAGCCGGUGUUAUUGGCACCAGUAAGCUGCACUACGACAUUUGGGGUGAUGCUGUCAAUGUGGCAUCUCGUAUGGACUCUACCGGUAUUUCGAAUCGCAUACAAGUGGGCAAAGAUUGUCUAACCUUUUUGGAGGCCAGAUAUGAAUUUGAGCCGCGUGGUAGUGUUUAUGUUAAAGGUAAAGAUAAUAUGGAAGUGUUUUUGUUUACCAAACGAAAACCCGAUCUAUUGGGUGACGACGAAGAGGAAGAAGAAACGCAAAGCUGUCAGAUGGGAAAUGGUAAGCAAAAUGGUAGUGUUAGUUAAAGCAAAAGGAAAUUUGAUUUAUUUAAAUUAUAUGACAGUGAAUAUUUGAAAAGUGACAAGGACAGCGGGAAAUAGUAAAACAUUUUCUCUUUUGUCAAUUGUAAGGCCAGCGUCCAGAUGCAGUUUUUGUGAUACUGCUUGCUGAUGCAUUCUCAAAAACUGCACAUACUGCCGGUUCUUGAAAAUGAAAAAGGCUAUGAGUUUUUGAGCAAAAGUUUGCAAUAAUUGUAUGGUUUGUAAGCAGUAAUUGUAUUAAAAGUGCUAAGGAGAGAAUAAUUACAAAUUAUAGUUUAAUUAAGCUUUUCUACAACCGUGAACAGUUAAAAUACUUAUUUGAUUUUUUGGAUAUUACUAAGAAGUUCAGGCAGAGAUUAAAAGGGAUAAAUUUGAUCAAAAGUAUGGAACAAUUUUUAUUCGCAAUUUUAUUAAAAAUCAUCAGGCUUAAAUACAAUUAUUAUGUAUUAUUGUGUUUAAACUUGAACUCUACUACUGCUAAUUAAGGCUAGAAUUUUUAUGUAAUAUUUGAUUUUGAGGGAUAUACAUAUAAGCAAAGUCUGUUGUUUCCAUUUUUUUACCCUUCACCACCAUAGUGGGGAGGGUGCUGAUAUUUGUAACGCCCAAAAAUAUUAGACCAACACCAACCUUGAAGAAUACCGAUCGAUGCAGAAUCACUUUCUGAGUCGCAAUUUUGAAAAUAUGUAAAUGAUAUGUUGGCACAUACAUUUAUACUGGGUGAAAUCGGUCCAUUAUUUAUCCUAGCACCCAAAUAAUUCACUAUACCUAAUUUCAUGGUGGUUGGUCCAUAAUUGGUCAUAGCUCCCAUACAAGACCCACUUCUGAAAAUGACUCAUGAAAAAAAUUAUUGAAAUUUUAAAGGAAAAAUGGUUUAGUUGUUUUAUAUUUGAAUUUGCUUCAUAUCUUCUUUUAACCGUAAAGUACUGAAAAGCUAAACAUAUUAGCUGUAUUCACAAUGUAGAGUACUUGGCCUGGUAAUGUAAUAAAAGAGCACAUUAACACAAAUUAAAACAAAAUAUGUACAUUAGAAACAGAAAUGUUUAUCAGUAAAUAGCUCUUCUGCUUUUUUACUAGGCCAAGAACUCCACAUCAUGAGUAUGAAUUUUAAAUAAACUAAAAAAAGUGGAGAUUUCAGCAUUUGCUUCUAUACCCCUCUUUUAAUAUACAAGUGGAAUUAAACUUUAUCUUAUCUUGAAUUCCAGCUAAAAAUUGAGUAAACCUUAGUUGUAUUAUGGCAAAAUAAUGUAUAACAAAAAAUCAUUUAAAAAAGUGACUCCUGCUACUUUAUCUGAAUCUAAAACUUUAUAAUUUUAUACGUAUUUCGGUUUACUUAAAGA